GUCAUAGGAGUUCGGUCAGGUUGAAUCUCUGCAUGACCCGCGGAAUUUGAACGACUCCACCCUUACAGGUAUGAAUACGAUCUCUGCUGGCGUUUCUGGUACCACGUAUCCAUGUGAUUUACCCCAACCAAUGCCGACUCUCGCAGCAAUUCCCUGGUAAGUGUGCGACAUGGUUCUCUAGUCCAGGUACAAACGCGAUAAGCGAGCGACUCCUUCACCUACAAGUACGAAAUAUGCCGCCUGUCUACUCACGCGAGGAUUUUGCACAUGCUGCAUCAACUAUCAUCGUUGGCUCUGGAGGUGACGUCCACUUAUAGACGCUAUUCUAAGACUAGCCACCUCCAUCACACCAGAUUGACGACUGACAUUGGAUGCGGAACGCUCACCCCCGCCAAGGAGCUUUCGUCACAGGAAAUUUGCGGCCCCCAGUCAUUUUGCCGCAGCAAUAGCAAACGGCCCACCCACAAAAGUGAUGCAGCCCACCACCGAAUGAAUUUUGUGCCGUUCCAAAUCUUGAGCCCCGGGGAGCCGCGCUGCUGGAAGUCGACAGAGUACGAAGAGUGCGAGACGGCCCAUUCGCUAGCAGAGCCCAAAGAAGAGAGAAAAAAUCCAAUCAAACGUCCUUCAGAGAUCCAUCACACCAAUUAUACACUGAAGCCGACCAAAUCAAGCCCUUUUUGGCCGCUCAUAAAAUACGCUUUUUUUCAUGUGCCCGGGACCGCGCUGAAAGCCAAAGAUGAAACAGAUAACCCAAAAUAACAGCGAACGACGUUCCGCGGCUUAGCAGCCUCCAAUGAAAAGAAUCUUCGAAACCAUGACGAUUUUUUUUCUUUUCUUCUUUUUUUUUUUUAAUUUGCGCCGAUUUGACCCAAUGCUGCCUUGUGCCCAGCCUCUAAUGUCCAUUGGCUAACCUUUGACUUUGUGGCCGUGUCUUCUGUAAGCUUACUUUCUACCCCUGCUAUCUUCA